AUGAAGGAGCGCCAUCACUACCCACUCGAUUCACGCCGAAAGAGAAUAGACUUGUGGGUCUACAAUUUUCAUCCCGCUGACUCGUUUGUUAUCUCCAAAAUCAAGGACGAAUGGACCCGUCGCUGGUAUAUCAAGAAGCUCAAGCUGAUUAAGAGCAAUGAGUGUUCUCACAACGUCCUUGGCCGCCGACUGCGUUCGUGCCGUAUUCUCGAUGCGCGACAACGCCGGGCUGACCUACGCUCAAAAUCUAUGAUCUGUUGUGGUCUAUCUCUAGACGCAACGGGCUUCUGGUACGUGAAGCAGCUUAAACCCGAGUUUCAGUCGAUUAUUGCCAAGUACGAGAAUUACUACGAGGGCGAGUUGGUUUUUCCACCUGGUGUAGCGGCCGCUAGCAUGUAA